AUGGCGGAAGAGGAUAUUGACUUGCUGCUUCAAAAAGGCAUCCAGUCUGUUUCUAAGAAUGGUGAGGUAACGAAGAAUUUUCGACCGGAAGAAGAUUCGCAUCGAUCUCGCCGUCAUCGUAGUCGAACGAGGAGCCGCAGUCACUCACGUCACCGUCAUCGAAACCGCUCGCGAUCACGCUCACGAAGCUCACGGCGUUCUCGUCGUUCCCAUCGCUCUCGAUCUCGCUCUUCACGUCACAGUCGUAAAAAGUCUCGCCGAGAUCGUGGACGAAGCCGCAGUCGCAGUCGGGAGCGCUCAAAACGAAAAAAAUCCGUGAGCCCGAGUCCGCCGCCUCCAGCCCCAAAGGUCGAGAGAGAGCCCAGUACGUCAGCUGAGCGGGCAGAGCGUGCUAAGCAGCGUGAACUGAUGGAGCUUACAAGAGACCAUCGCACAGUGUUUGUAGGUCAACUCACGCAAAAGGUACGCGAGAAGGAUCUGGACCAGUUCUUGUCCAAGACUGGCAAGGUAGAGAACGUCUUGCUCAUCCGUGACAAGUUUACAAACCGCUCUAAAGGUUUUGCCUAUGUGGAACUUUCGAAUCUUGAAGAUGUUCCUAAAGUAUUGCUAUUAAACGGACAAAUUCCAGACUUUCAGGUUUUUCCUAUUAUGAUCAAAGCAUCAGAAGCUGAGAAGAACUUUGCAGCUAAAAAAGACUCGGUUAUGAAUACUGCUGCAUCGUCCUCGGGAUCUUUAACCGCUAAUGGUCUUGGUACAGGUUUGAGUGGCGGAAACAUGUCAGCAUCGGCUUUGUCAGCGGCCAGUCGUAUUUACUGUGGAAACGUCCAUACGAACAUCACAGAAGAUGAUCUACGGAUUGUUUUUCAGUCCUUUGGAGAGGUUCUGUCGGUGACAAUCAAUCGCGAUGAAAUGGGUCGGUCCAAAGGCUUUAGCUUUAUUCAGUUUAGUAGUCCACAGGAAGCAAAUUUUGCUUUGUCGAAAGGAAAUGGACUUGAGCUUGCUGGUAACCAUUUGCGUCUUGGUCCAGUUAAUGAAAGCGCCAUGAGUGGUGGAAAAGGAGGCUAUUCAAAUGGUAUGGACAACAGUUUGACAGGUGGACGAUGGAAACUUGAGGAUGAGGAAGAUAUGGGUAUGACUAUGAAUGCACAGUCACGCUCGGCAUUGAUGGCAAAGCUCGCAGGAAAUGAUGUUGAUUUGUUUCCUUCUAUGGGAGGGAUCGGAGGAUUUUCAUCUACGAUGGAUUAUCCCAACAGUAUGGCUGCUACCGCUGCGCAGCGAGCAGGACAAGCGACAGCGCUCAUGUCGUCGACGGAGAUUGAAGGCAGUGAUUCGUUUUGCUUUGUGGUAAAAAAUAUGUUCGAUGUUUACCAGGAGCAAAAGAGUGGAAAUACUGAGUGGUCCGUCGAGAUCCAACAAGACGUUCAAGAAGAGUGCAGUCAAUAUGGACCCGUGCUACAUACAUACGUGGAAAAGGACAAGCAAGGUGGUCUGGUGUAUGUCCUCUUUGGAAAUGUACAGAGUGCUGUAGCUGCCGCCAAGAAAUUACACGGUCGCUGGUUUAAUAAGCGACAGAUUAGUGUCAGACCGCUCGUGCUAAUUCUCAAAAAUUGGACCAGCAUCAAUGCCAGGAGGAAAAUUAGCUCCGAAAGCGGACAGUUACCGCAACAAGUGGAAGCGAGCUUGUUAUCCGUUUGGGUCCUCAAUCACUUCGAAAGGCCUUAA